CAAAAACCUUCAGCCCAGUGGUGCCCGUGUUUUGGAAUUAUUUCUAUCCCUGGACCAGCCUAUGUGCGACCUGGGACUCUGCCACAGGCAUGAGCCAGAUAUACAAGGAUCGACUCAUGAGCGUCAGGAAAGGCAUGUCGAGGAGUCAGAAAUUCUCUGGCACACCUGUGGUAACCCUAUCAGAUUUUGAAGGUCAGGUGACUGACAUUCAUGUGUGGAACAAGACCCUCCCCCUCUCUGAUCUACGCGCCUACUACCAGGGCCACAGCUAUCCCUCAGGAAACCUGCUGAGCUGGUGGGACAUCAGCUACACCUCCCAGGGCUAUGCGGUCCUGCAGGAUGCCUACCCGAUAGGGGGGGCCACUGAGAAGGAACACACUGGGAAAGAGCAGCGGCGGAAACAUGGGCAGCGGAGUAAGUGUCGUCCAGGAGGGUCCAGACAGUGAAGGAGGCCAUGACUGCACUGUUGGAGGCCAUUUUUAAGUACUUGAUUAAAUACAUUGAUAAUUCUGAUUCAACUACUGUGAUGUCAAAAUCAGCAGCUCCUCUUUAUAGUGUAUGCUGAUAUGCAUUUGUAAUCUGGAUGAAACCAUCAUCUACUGACACUUUUUUAACAUUUACAGGAAGCCUUUUUGAUAAAACUGGUUUCAUCAUAUAAAUACUUUUAUUUGGUUGGACCUAUCAAUGUUGACUUUUUUGUCUUUGUAGACCUUGCUUUGUGCAAUGGUAUCAAUAUCUGCAC